AUGUUAGCGUCCAUUUCUCCCAUGGAAUCAGUACGCUCUUACACCGGAACAUCCAUGGGCUCCAUGCGACAGCCAUCCUGGGAGGACUUGGAUGCUGCUCAGCAGCUGAUCUCGUCUGCGCAGGCGGGUCGCGAACAUCUGGCUCAACGCCAUGGCGAUGCUCCCAGUUUCAAAGCAUCGGAGAGUCCUAUGCCAGAUCAGGGCCCAACGACGGACCAAUUGAGCCGGGAACCAUCCGCUAGUGCCCAGGAUAAGACAUCUCCAAGGGCACAGAAGGACACCUCUUUUCUGGGGCACUCUUGCAGUAAUUGCGGAACGAAAUCCACUCCACUCUGGCGCCGCUCUCCCACUGGAUCAAUGAUCUGCAAUGCCUGCGGUCUUUACCUGAAAGCUCGCAAUGUCGCUCGUCCUACGAAACGAAAUCGCAUGCAACAAGGUCCCGAAGCCGAUAAAUCACAUCUACAAGCUCACCAGCACGAUCAUUCUGUGGCAUCAGAAGGAGGCUGCAAGGGCUCUUGUCCCGGUGGUGGUAGCUGCAAUGGUACUGGUGGUGCAGAAGGAUGCGAUGGCUGUCCGGCCUACAACAACCGUAUCUAUAAAGCUUCGCAUCGAGGUGCCGCGCCCGUUCACCCAUCAUGGGGUCGAACAUCGGCCCCUGAUAACAAUCUUGCACCUCCGGCUCUUGAGACGGAGGCUCCCGCGAAGAACUCUCCUGUUGACGGUAAUUCGACUCUGGUUGCAUGCCAAAAUUGUGGGACGACUGUGACUCCGCUGUGGCGACGAGACGAACAUGGUCAUCCUAUUUGCAAUGCCUGUGGACUGUACUACAAGCUCCAUGGUUGCUAUCGCCCGACAACGAUGAAAAAGUCGAUCAUCAAGCGUCGCAAGCGAGUUGUCCCUGCUUUGCGCGACCAGUCUCCCACUGCUGCCACCCACUCCUCUAAUGGAUCAUCCGUAUCCCCCGAGGCAUCUCCGGCUGCCUUGGCUCAUCACGACGAACACUACCGCUACAUGAGCAGUGAGCCUAUGGAUCAACCGCGGCCUAUAUCAUUUGCUCCGCCCCCGGUGGAUUUUACCGGCUUCCGCAUCAACUCCGCUCCUCUUCCUCACCACACUUUCCCUAAAAUUAUGGAGCCAGAACGACUGGGACAUUCGCCAGGCGCUCAAUUCGGACGACGAUCUGCAUCUCCUAAUACUGUUGCUUUACCAAUGAAGCGGACCCUUGCCGAAACCUCUUCAGAAGCUCUCCCGAUCCCCACGACUCUGGAGUCAGGUUCAAAUCAGCUGCCUCCCAUCAUGUCAUCUGCCAACCCGUUGCCUUCGGGCCGCCUGAGCUCGAUCUCAUCCAUCCUAAACCAGGCAGAUCCCCACGCUCGGAUGGAGUCCUCGCACUUGGGCCGACCUCAGGCAUACCAGCCCCCAGGGCCCUCCGCCCAGCAACAGCAGACUCUGCCCGGCAUCUCGUCCCUCUCAGAUCCUGCCGCCGAGCGUGAACGCCGUGCCAGAUUGGAACGGGAAGCUGAGCAGAUGCGCGAGAUGCUGCGUGCCAAAGAACGGGAACUGGCAGAUAUGCGCCACUAA